UACCACAUAUUAUAAGAAACUCAUAUGGAACCUAUCAGAAGUCCAAUCCAUGCAUCACAUUACAUAAUUGCAAAAUUUGGAGUAUUUGGAAACAUCCAUAAUUGUUUAUAAAAAGAGAUUUAUAAACAUCCAUAAUUGCAAAAUUUUGCAUGUCCAUUAUACUUAUUCCUACAUAGUUCUAAAGCAUGUUCGCACUACCACAUGUGUUUAGACAUAAACAGGACUCAAUACCACAUAUUUAUAAGAAACUAAUACAGAGCUCACCAUAAGGCCGACCAUGAAUCCGCAUGCAAUAACAGAUAUGAGAUUAUCCAUAGUUGCAAUUUUUUUGGCUAUCAGUUAGACUAAUUCCUUCAUAUUCUAAGGCAUGUUCUGACUUCUGCUUAAUACAAUAGUAAAGAUCAAAAUUAAUGAUUAGGUGACUACAGUUUUGUGAUAGAUCAUACAGUCAUCAAGUUUCCAAUAACCAGACACUUCCAGAAACACAUAAUGGCAUUCAGCACAUAAGUUCAACCCACAAAGACAAUCCUCCCAAGGAUUUCAAGCCCACCAAUCUCAAACGAGAUGAUAAAAAAACAUUUUGAUUCAUCUAACAAGGAUAACCAUGAAAAGACAAGAAGUUUUACAAAGAAAUAUGAAAAAAGAAAAGGAAGAUCUCACAUGGGAUCUGCGUGAUUUUGGAAUCUAAAUAAUAGCACUUCCAUCGCGAGAACAUGUAACUAUGUUGUCAUGA